AUCAAUUCAAUUUAGUUAUUUUUAUUAAAUCGGAACAGGCGCUAGGAGUACCAUCCAUGCAUCCAAGGCAUCUACCCUUUGAUUCCCAAUUUUCCAUUCCCACCAACCCAAUAUUACAAACAUCCCCCCUAAAAAAAACUACCUAACCACUCUUUUACACUCUUUUUACACUCUUACCUACCAAACCAAGCAUCUUCUUCAUCAACCACCUUCUCUCCUCUCCGACGAACAUCCCAAAGCUAACAACCCACAUUCUCUUUCUCUCUCUAAAAAUGUCAAUCUCUCUCCUCCCAAAACCCUUCCUCUCCACCCCUCUUCCUUCCUCCACCACCACCACAACCACCGUCUCACGCCCUUCACUCUCCUUCUCCGUCAAAGCCUCCGCCGCAUCAACCACUACUCCGUCGCCGGCGAAGCUCACCAAAGCUUACUCCAUUGACUCGGUUAAAGCGCGUCAGAUCAUUGACAGUCGCGGUAAUCCCACCGUCGAAGUCGACCUCUUCACCGGUGAUGGCCGCCUCUACCGCUCCGCUGUUCCGAGUGGCGCGUCUACUGGGAUCUAUGAAGCUCUUGAGCUUCGUGAUGGUGAUAAAUCUGUGUAUGGUGGUAAAGGUGUUCUUCAUGCUGUCAAUAAUAUUAAUCAGAUUUUGGCGUCGAAACUUGUUGGUGUUGAUGUUAGGGAUCAAGCUAAUGUUGACGCCCUCAUGUUGGAGAUUGAUGGAACUCAAAAUAAGUCAAAAUUAGGAGCUAAUGCCAUACUGGGUGUAUCUCUGAGUGUUUGUAGAGCUGGUGCUGGGGCAAAGAAUAUGCCCUUGUACAAGCAUAUACAGGAAAUAUCAGGAACCAAGGAGCUUGUUAUGCCUGUUCCGGCAUUCAAUGUGAUAAAUGGAGGAAGCCAUGCAGGCAAUAACUUGGCCAUGCAAGAAUUUAUGAUAUUACCACUUGGUGCAUCAUCAUUUACAGAAGCACUUCGUAUGGGAAGUGAAGUGUAUCAUAUACUGAAGGGGAUUAUCAAAGCGAAGUAUGGACAGGAUGCUUGUAAUGUAGGAGAUGAAGGUGGUUUUGCACCAAAUGUUCAAGAUAACCGUGAGGGACUGAUCUUACUUAUGGAAGCAAUUGAAAAGGCUGGUUACACUGGCAAAAUCAAAAUUGGGAUGGACGUUGCAGCUUCUGAGUUUUACACCAAGGAUGGGAAAUAUGAUUUGGAUUUCAAGAAACAGCCAAAUGAUGGAUCUCAUGUGCAUACAGCUCAAGGUCUUUGUGACCUCUACAAAGAAUUUGUCAGAGAUUUUCCUAUUGUUUCUAUUGAAGAUCCAUUUGACCAAGAUGACUGGAAUUCAUGGGCUUCACUACAAUCUUCAGUAGACAUCCAACUGGUUGGAGAUGAUUUGCUGGUGACUAAUCCAACGAGAAUAGCUGAAGGGAUUAAGAAAAAGGCUUGCAAUGCUCUGCUGUUAAAGGUUAACCAAAUUGGUACUGUAACUGAAUCCAUUCAAGCUGCCUUGGACUCAAAAGCUGCUGGAUGGGGUGUCAUGGUCAGCCACCGCAGUGGGGAGACUGAGGACAAUUUUAUAGCAGAUCUUUCUGUUGGCUUGGCUAGUGGACAGAUCAAGACAGGUGCUCCUUGCCGCAGUGAGAGGUUAGCCAAAUACAACCAGCUUCUGCGCAUUGAAGAGGAGCUUGGAAAUGUACGCUAUGCUGGUGAAGCUUUUAGGGCACCAUAGAGAUGGAGAUUUCCGGCAUUUCCACCCAAGAAUUCUUUAUUGAAUAACCAGGUGUUCAACAUGAAAACAAGAAGCUGUAGACUCGAGAAUCCAAUUGUAUAAUUCCGUAUCAAGGAUGUAAACUGCAAAGUCCAGAGCGGGCAAGCCAAGUAUUAUAGGAUAGAGUUUACGAUCUACAGUGUGUUACCAAUUACCAUGCUUCAUGGUUACUCUACCACUGUAAUAUUUCCACUUUGGUAGAGUUUGAUUUCAGUUGCGGAGACAUUUAUCCUAUUGCAUACAAUUUUGUCUCACAAAGAGAGCAAUGUUGCUGAGUAUUGCAUGUACUGUUAUUGGCAAGAUGGAGUUUAUAAUGCAUCCUGGUUGAUAAAUUUCUA